AUGCAGGCAGAUCUAUCAAACCUGCAAAUAAAAGGCUACGUUGUCAUAGGACCAGCCUGCGGCCCGUCGUGGCCACAGGCCGAGGCGGCCGGAUGCGUCUACGACCUGCUAUUGAGCGCGUGGACGAGUCCGCAUUGUCACGAUCCGGAGCUCUACAAUCAAUAUCUUUCUCAAAUCAAUAGCACAUUUUACCUGGAAAGGCAGCGGGAAAACGUCGUCUCAUGGAACCAAGUUCUGAGUGGUCGACAUCCGGAAGAGGGGCUUUGGACGGACGGCGGAUUCCACCACCUACAUUGCUCGUACCUAUGGGACCGGCAGCGCCACGCUUAUGCGCGUAGCAGAACCACUGGGCAGCCGUUCAUCAUGGACACCUUCUCCCGAAACGAAUCACACGUGUCGCAUUGCAUCUUCUGGAAUGCUCAUCCCUACCCAGCGGAACUUAUUGCGCCCAACAUCACUCAUAUAUAUCCUCCGAAAGACCCUGUCCGAUGCCUGCUUGGAUACUGA